AUGGAGGACUCUGCCAUUAUUGUUCCUUUAUCUUUUUUAAUCCAAACGAAAAUAUAUUUGCUUAUAAACAGCUCUUUGUUCCUCUCUUCCAGCUCUUUGGAAGAACUUAUCUCUCUUCCUCUCUUUUCCUCCUUCCACCUACAGUCUUAUGAAAAAAGUUCCAAGCUCCUUUUAAAAACAUCCACCUCUCCUUGGUGGAAGGAUACUUCCUCUCAAUCAGUAUCAGGAUACGGUGGAAAGUCUCUUCUCUUCCUUCUUUCUUCCCGCUCACUGGAAACUCCCUUUUCAUUGAGUCUCUCAAAUCCGUCAACUAAUCGCUCCUUCCUCUUUUCCUCCAUCCACCUCUCAUUAUUAGUCUCUUCACCUUCCUCUCUCUUUCACUCUCCACCUUCGUUGGUGGAACUACCUUCCUCUUUUCCUCUCUUCCACCUCUUUGCUUAUGGAUCUACCUUCCUCUCUUUUCACUCUCUUCCUUUCGUUGUCUUUUCCCUCCUAAUUAAAAUUAUCUCUUCUUCUUUGCUUUGGUUGCCUUUGGAACUCUUUUCCCUCCAUCAAACCAUUAUCCAGCUCUCUCAAAUUCCCUCUACUUUCGUUGGUUGCCUUUGGAACUCUUUUCCCUCCAUCAAAGCCACUAUCUUCCAGCUCAAAUUCCUUCAUCUAAUCUUUCUCUACUUUCGUUCCUCUACCUUCCCUCUCUUCCUCCUCCUCUCCUUCUUAAUUCUCUUCCAGCUCUUUUCCUCCAUCUCUUCCUCUCUUCUGACUCUUCAGCUCUCUCUUUUCCUCCAUCCAGCUCACUUUGAAGACUCUCUUCCUCUCUUUUCACUCAUCACCUCUCUUCCAGCUCCUAUACCUUCCUCUCUUUUCCUCCAUCCACCUCUCCUUGCUCAUGAAUCUCUUCCUUCCUUUCUUUUCUCUCCAUCCUUGCAUAUGGAACUCUCUUCCAGCUACCUUCCUCUCUUCUCCUUGCUCACCCACUCUCUUCCAGCUCUACCUCUCUUUUCACUCCAUCUAGACUCUCUUCUUCACUUGAACUACCUUCUUCUUGCUUCAAAUUCUUUCCUCCAUCCACCUCUUCCCAGCUCUUUGCCCUUGGAACUUCUACCCUUGCAUGGAACUCUCUUCCUUUGCCAUCCACCACUCUCUUCUGACUCUUUGCUUACCUUCCUUCUCUUUCCUCCAUGGAAUUCUCUUCCCAGCUCCUUGCCCCUUCCCUCUUUUCACUCAUCCUCUCUCGCUUCUGAAUCCUUCCUCUCUUUUCCAUCCAUCACCUCUCUCUUCGGCUCUACCUUCCUCUCUUUCCUCCAUCCUCUCUCUUCUGAAUCUAUUCCCUCUCUUCCUCCAUCUCCUCUCGCUUCUGACUACCUUCCUCUCUUUUCACUCAUCCACCUCCUUCUGAAUCUACCUUCCUUUCUUCCUCCAUCCACCUCUCGCUUCUGA